CAAAGCCCCAUUUUCACAAUUUCACACCUUACUUGUGCCGGUUAAUCGUAAUUUUUCACGUGCCUCACCCGCCCUCGGUUAUUGCCCCCCCCUCUGGGAUGACUCUCACCCAGUAGAGUCGCAUUAUGGCCCUGUGCCUGUCCAGUUGUUCUGCGCUGUUUCGCCGGAAGGUGUUGAUUUCCCCUCAUGUGGAGAGGGCUGGAUUGAUGGAAGUGUCGUUGAAGGCCACUGGUCGUCGUCCGGCCGGUGCUCGCCACUUUUCCAAAACCUGGAAACAAUCCCAGAAUCAGGACCAAAAACAAACCUCGUCUCGUCGCAGCACAUUCGGCUCCCGACUCCGUUUCGCGCUCCGCAACACCAAAGUCGAAUGGUACCCCAUCCCCGUCGGUCUAGGUAUCGGCCUUCUCGGCCUGCUGCAGUUCUAUAAGGCCCAGCGGGCUGAAAGAGAACGAGCUGAGCGAGAGGCAGCCGGAGAGCCUUUCGACUUCCAAAAUGCCUCUGCUCGUCCCAAACAUCGACUCAGCGGACCAUGGCAGGUCCAGAUUAUGUCCACCUUGCCCCUUAAAGCUAUGUCCCGACUCUGGGGUCGUUUCAAUGAAAUCGAAUUGCCCUACUAUUUCCGUGUUCCCGGCUUCAAGUUGUACUCCUGGAUCUUUGGCGUCAACCUUGACGAGGUCGCCGAACCCGACCUUCACACGUAUCCCAACUUGGCCGCGUUCUUCUACCGUCAGCUGAAACCCGGUGUUCGACCUUUGGAUCCAGAUACCCGUGCUAUCAUCUCGCCUUCCGAUGGAAGAAUCCUGCAAUUCGGACUCAUUGAGCGGGGCGAGGUUGAGCAGGUCAAGGGCGUUACUUACAGUUUGGAUGCCCUUCUGGGAUCUGCCACUCCAACCCAUGCGGACCACACCAAGACUUUCACCGACCAUCAGACCGAGCCGACCCAAAAGAAUGAGGCUAAGAUGCUGGCUGAUGAGGAAUUUGCCGAAAUGAACGGUAUCUCCUAUACGCUACCAACUCUACUCGCAGGCGAACCGGGAGGCGCACGGAAACGCUCAGCCUCGAUGGACGCGUCUACUACUUCCAAGGUUGAUGCUGAAGAAGAGGUGAAGGCUGACUUGGCCCGUGGCGAUGGAACUCCGUGGUACGCCCCGAAGGCAGCCGCCAAUCACGCGCUCUACUAUGUUGUCAUUUACUUGGCUCCUGGUGACUACCAUCGCUUCCACUCUCCUGUGCCGUGGGUGGUAGAGAGCCGCCGUCAUUUCGCUGGCGAACUGUUCUCAGUUUCACCAUAUCUUCAACGCCACCUUCCGGGUCUCUUUACCCUCAACGAGCGUGUCGCCCUGUUGGGUCGUUGGCGUUGGGGAUUCUUCAGUUAUACGCCUGUGGGAGCGACCAACGUGGGCUCGAUCAAGGUCAACUUCGAUGCAGAGCUGCGUACCAAUAGUUUGACUACGGAUACCGCUGCUGACAAAGCUGCCGCCGAAGCCGCAGCGCGCGGCGAGCAAUACCCAGGAUUUGUUGAAGCGACAUACCGCCACGCCAGUCGCACCCUGGGAGGACAUCCUCUUCAGCGUGGUGAGGAGAUGGGAGGCUUCCAGCUGGGAAGUUCGAUCGUGCUGGUGUUCGAGGCACCUAUGGGCACCCGCAAGUCGUUCGAUGCCGGUUGGGAAGAGGGCAAACGCGAGGGAGGCUGGAACUGGACCAUCGAAAAGGGACAGCGGAUUAAAAUGGGCGAGAAGAUCGGAUAUGUGGACAUUCAAAACUAGACUAAGUCGCUUUUGAUUGUUUCUGUAUUAUAGUACUAUAUUUAUUGAAUAGCGAGAAUACUUCGUCGGGCCACCAUCCCCACGAGCUCAUAGAAUAUAUUUUAUUUUCGAGCCGA